CUGUAGUUGUCUGACUAUUACAUUUAUCUGCGUUAACCACUCCAGUCAACAGAUGGCGAUAUGCGUUUUUCAGGCGAUGCUAUCAGAGUGACGUAUAAUGUAGUGGACGGGACGCUUCUUCAACAACAUCUAGUCAGCCACCUCCGUAGCUUCCUAGCGGAAACAUUCAAGCUGUUCAGACUGCUUCGGUGUAAAUUUACCUCUGUAUGUGAAACAUAAUUCUGUCUUUUAACUAGUUUCCCCAUUUAAUGUCAUAUUUCCGUUUAGUCAGGGAACGGUAGCUGGCUUGAUAAAUGAGCCUAUCACUAGGCUAGUCGCUAACUAGCUAGGUUAGCUGGCUAACAUCCCCGACCAUGAGCUCAGCAAGCUACUGCCCUCCUGCUAAAAAAGAGGUCUGCUGGAAGGAGAAAGAAGGUAUUUGGCUGAACGUUGUCGUGAAAGAGGAGGAUGAAGAGAAGGAUGUCACAGUAAACGAAGAAGUAGAGGGUGAGGCUGUUACAGAGAAAGAAGAGGAAGAAAACGAUGAUACUUUUUUUGGAGUGAAUGAAGGACAGAUAACUGUCAUAUUGAAGGAGGAGGAGAGGGAAGA